AUGAAUCUGCUUAGUUACAAAUCAACAACUCCUGCUGUGUGUGUCAUAUUGUAUGUUUUCCUGACACUUUUGUCUCUUGUCACAGUAUGUGGAAACCUCCUUGUAAUAAUUUCUAUAUUUUACUUCAAGCAGCUCCACACUCCCACCAACACUCUCAUUCAAUCUCUGGCUGUAGCUGACCUGUUGGUUGGUGUUCUUGCUUUUCCAUUAACAAUGUCAUUCACUUUUAGCUUAUGUUUUUAUGACAAUAACAUGUUAUGUAAGAUAAAAAACAGCUUUGAUGUAUUGCUCAACACAUGCUCUAUUUUGCACUUGUGUUGCAUUUCAGUUGAUAGGUAUUAUGCAGUGUGUCAGCCUCUUGCAUAUAGAUCUAAAAUCAGCCUCCAUGUUGUGAUCAUCAUGAUCGGUGUAAGCUGGGGUGUUUCAGUUGUUACUGCAAUUGUAGUGAUAAUUUCUAGAUUGGACACAGAAGAAUGUGCAGAUGCAUGUUUUAUUGACAUUAUGAUGACAAACAUUGUGGGACCUUUAAUAUCCUUUUACCUUCCAGUGGUCAUAAUGCUUUGCAUCUACCUGAAGAUAUUUGUUGUUGCACAGAGACAGGCACGGAGCAUCCAAACCAGGACAAACUCUGGAGCAACUGUCAGUAAGAUGGAGAGAAAAGCCACCAAAACUCUGGCAAUUGUCUUGGGGGCAUUUCUGUUUUGCUGGGCUCCUUUUUUUCUUUCCCUCACUUUUUUACCUUUUACUAACAGUUUUGUUGUGGUUCCAGUGAUAGAAUCAGCUGGUUGGUUUGCACUGAUCAAUUCAACUCUAAAUCCGUUUAUUUAUGCUUUCUUCUACACCUGGUUCAGGUCAGCUGUUAAAAUGAUACUUUCUGGGAAAAUAUUCUUUGGCAACUAUGGUAACUUAAAGUUAAACUAA